UAGCACCUAUUAUAUAGAUGCUAUAAGUAGUGUAAAUCACAAGACAAGUAGGAAUCUGAAGCCAUAAAUUGCCAACACCACCAGAGAUGACAUUAGCAUUGUCCCAAUUCCCCGCUCUUGAAGUAUAUGCAAAACUCGGUGGGAACGCAAGACAUGGCGUAGUGCUGAGUUCAUAAAGACAACAACAAACACUUCACCAAAUAAUAUUCAGCUCCCACUUUCCUAGUUCCUUUCCCCUUGUACUCAAUCAAUCACACCCCUUUCCUCUUUCUUUGUCCUUAUUAUUUAAGGCCAAUCACUUAUCCCUCUACCGCAAAAACUAUUCUCUAAUUACUAUGACCUUCAUAAGGGAGGAUGAUGAUGAUCAAGUUGAUGAUGAUCAUGAUCAUGAUCAUGUGGAUGGUGGUGGAUCACAAAACAGUGCCAGCAACAUCACUGAAAUUGUGACCACCCCAGAAGGGGAAAACUUAGGAGAAUGGCUGAGUCUAGGCCUCAAAGGAGACAUCAACAUGCCAGCAGAAGAACAAAACUCAUCAUCAAGGCCUCUCCACAGCAACAACAACAAGGUAUUCUCAUGCAACUUCUGCAUGAGAAAGUUUUACAGUUCACAAGCCUUAGGGGGUCACCAGAAUGCACACAAGAGGGAGAGAGAAGCUGCUAGAAGCUACCACCAAUCUCAUCAUCACAGAAUUGGGUUUUCUUACACUACUUCUCUGGCAACUAGGUCACUGGGAAUUAAGCCUCACUCUCUUGUGCACAGGCCUAACAGAGAAAGGUCUGCUAUGGUGGCUAGAUUCAGUAGUAGUGAUGCCAUUAAUGUUGGGGUUGGAUCAGUGGCAUCAUCAUGGACACCCUUUAUGCUUGAACAAGCUGUGGAUUUCUAUUGGCCAGGUAGCUUUCGUGGGGACUUAUUGCCAAAGCAAGAAUCAUCAGAUGUUAAGAAGAUUGACUUAGAUCUUCGGCUCUGAUACAUUAAUUUGGUCCAACUUCUAUGCUCAGAGUCCUGGUUUAAACCACUACUGCUGCUGCUUUUUCUUAAUGGUUUCCCCCUAUGCUAUAUAUGAUGCCACUUGUGCUAAUAAAAUGUCAAGGAUAUUGUUGUAAUUCAGUAGUUGUACUUGUACUAAUUGGUUUGAGAAUGGAAACAAUUCCAUGUCAAUGUGUAUUAAUUGCAAGUUUGCUACAUUAAGAGUGUGUGUAUCAUUUCCAUGUUUAAAAAAUAACUUUGUGGUUUUGAAAAUAUAAUUAAAUAAGGUUGCUCGAA